AUGGCCAUCUCGUCGAAAACCGUCGCUGCUGUGCUCAUCACCAUGAUGCUGCUCAGCACCACCCCUGCUGCCACCAUGAGCACGCACCAUUAUCCAUGCACUGGAAGAAGGGUUCUGCAGGUGCCUGCAGCUGCAACUAACAAGGACACCGAUUCGUUCCCACCAUCCACUCCAGGCCAUAGCCCCAGCGGUGGCCAUGGCAGCAGUCCUCCGAUGACCAAAUGA